AUGUUGGAUUAUGAUCUUAACAUUCAAGACGAAGUCCAAAGAACAUAUCUACAAAAGGUCCCUGUCAACCUAAGAAUCACACAUUUCCACAAAUCAAUCUUUCAGGGUAUGAUCGACGCUUUAAUGUCAAGUGGUUUGCAAGGUCUUGCUUUUCGUGGCCAUGAUGAGAGUGGCACUUCAAACAACAAGGGGAAUUAUUUGGAGCUCUUACAAUUUCUUGCUGAUCAUGAUGAGAAAGUGAAGGUCGUUGUGUUAGAAAAUGCUCUAGGGAAUCUCAAGCUCAUAGCUCCAACAAUUCAAAAAGAUCUUGUUAAUGCUUGUGUCACUGAAACUAUUAAGAAAAUCAUUAUGGAUAUGGAUGGUGCAUUCGUUUCUUUAUUAGUUGAUGAAUCACCUGAUGUGUCAAUAAAAGAACAGAUGGCAGUGGUGUUUCGUUAUGUUGACAAAAGGGGGGGAUAUAAUUGA